ACCGCGCGACGCGCUGCCCCCUCCGAUCAGCGCCGCCAUGCCGGGCCCGGACGGAGCGCGGCGGUUAUCUGUAGUGAGACAAAAAUUGAGGAUCACCUUUGGCAGCCGAAAGCAGGCGAGCUUCUCAGGCCACAGCCACGUCCCCACCUCCACGGGCACAGCUGUGCAGAAGGCGGCCCAGGAGCACAGACAGCACGAUGUGAGGGUUUUUGAUGAUGAAGGAAAGGAUGUGACACCCCAUCCGCUCUUCCAUCCAGAUCCCAAAACUGCUGCAUCCAAACAAAGCAAGCUCCUGGCAUUGAGCGAUUCCUCAGGGGCCACAGGAUCAGUUUUUCUCCCUUUUUCCAUGUAUCAGACAUCAGAGGAGGAUGGUAGUUCUGCAGCCCCACACUCAAGGACAUCUGAAAGCAGCAGAAUUUCUAGAUCUACCAUGUCAAUACCAGAGUCCAUGCUAGAUGGGAUAGCAGCACCUGGCUCUCUCCAAGACACAGCUGUUAGCUCACCUGAUGUACAGGUGAGGCGAGAGGAGAUAAAAGAACAAGUGACAGAAGAAGACUUAGACAAGAGAGUGGAUAUUUAUCUCACAGAGACAGAAACUCUCUGGAUGUUGGACUUGCCCCCUGUUGUGGUGUCUGUAGAAUCAGAAGAUGCUGCAAGAGUUCUGGAGCGUAAUAAGAUGUAUGCUGAUGUUUGCAAAAACAGACCUGGUAACGAUCGCUUUGUAGAGAAAACGAUGCAAACCAUCAAUGGAGCCGCAAAGAACAAGGAAGUACAAUGUGACAAAAUCAUCAUGGAAGACAAAGGGAUUGUGGUCACUACCUGGGACUUGUACGAUUCUUUUAACACAUUGCAAGUAGAACCUACCUCCAAAGCAGAAGGCAGCAGAGCCCCAGCUGAGAAGAAGAGCACCUCUGGUAUGACUAAAGACGAGGCUACACCUGCAGCUGCUGAGAGAGGCAGCAUAACUCCUACGACCAUUUUGGAAAGUGCUGGUCUUGCCAGAGUCCACGAGGAGGAGAAAUGCCACACAGAAGCUACGUUAAGAUCAGAAAACUUUCAGCAGCAUUUAUUUUUCAUGGAGAGGAUUCUGAUGGAGAAUAUUUUUCAACCCAAACUCGCAGCUUAUCGACAGUUUCCUGUCCUUACCGAUCCUGUUGUUGCGUUGGGGGCUGGGAGCACAUCAGCUGCCAUAAAAGAAGCUGAGCAGGAAGAGCAUGACAAGGAAGAGAUGGAUAAGGAAGAGCAGAAGGAAAUGCUGAGUGACCCAUCCAUUCUGUCAGAGCUAAAUAAAACCUCAGAUGAAAUGGUACCUCCCAGUUUGGAACAACUGUGGUCCUAUAGAUGUGAUUUAACUCACCAGCACAACGUGAGCAGCAUGGCUUGGAGCAAAGUAAACCUGGAUCUUCUAGCUGUUGGUUAUGGAGCGUUUGAUUUUAAAGAACAGAAGGAAGGCUUGGCAUGCUGCUGGUCCCUGAAGAACCCAAUGUGGCCAGAGCGUAUUUUCCAUUGUGAGCAUGGUGUUACUGCACUGGAUUUUUCUAUGGCAACCCCGAACCUUUUAGCAGUUGGGAUGUACAGUGGUGCCAUCGUGGUCUACAACGUACAGAGUUCUGACUCCACUACAGAAUUCCACAGUGGGGAAUGUUCAGCUAAACACACAGGUCCUGUAUGGCAACUGAAGUGGGUGGAGUGGGACACAGGCACAACAGGAGGUCCCAAGAGGGAGAGAUUAAUCUCCAUCUCAGCAGAUGGCCGCAUAACCCAGUGGCUCAUCCAGGAGGGACUGGGUUGCAUUGAUCUGAUGAAAAUAAAGCGAACAAGAAGCAAGAGGAAAAACUUACCAGCUGAGAAAGAAGGGAAAAGCGAAGCUCUGAUAUCCCAGUGGGCAGCUGGGAUGUGCUUUGAUUUCCAUCCAAAGGACAAUAAUCUUUAUCUGGCUGGAACAGAGGAGGGUCUUAUUCACAAGUGCUCUCGUUCAUGCAACAAGCAGUUCCUAAAGACAUACAGAGGACAUAAGGGCCCUGUGUACAAAGUCGCUUGGAAUCCAUUCACCACAGACACGUUCCUGAGCUGCUCUGUGGACUGGAGCGUUAUUUUGUGGCACCAGAACUCGCAGACACCCAUUUUAACUUUCAGUUCCACCACUACUGUUGUUCACGACAUUACGUGGUCUCCAAAAUCAGCCUUCACAUUUGCAGCAGCUAGUGAAAGCAGAGUAGAAAUUUGGGACCUUAGCACCAGCAUCUUGGACCCUGUGAUCACUCGCUCUGCCGACCCAGAAGCCAAAUUCACAUCUGUACUCUUUGCUAAGAACACCGACUGCCUUCUGGUGGGAGACAGCAGAGGAGAAGUCAGUGUGUUUGAGCUGCAGGACCUGGCUGCUUCCAGCAGCAUCGAGGUUGAUGCCUUGAGUGAUGUAAUCGGUCCCGCUCUAUUUCCAGUAGCUAAAUGACUGCACUUCUCACCUGGUAAACAGUAGGAAAGGUUUUUUUUAGCAUUAUUACAAACUGUUCAGUGCUUUUAAUUCAUUAGCUUUUAGAUUUGAAACCAUACUGGUUAGAGAUACCUUUGAAAUGCUUGAAAUUUUCCCCAGGAAGUCCCCCUUGUUGGAUGGUCAGCCUGUCGUACCAGUGCACAGAUGAGCUCAUAGAAAGGCCCCAUUAAAGGCUUUUCUCCUUGGGUUACUCAAAAAAAACCCACACAAACACAACAGAAAUGCCCCAAAUCACCUCCUGUAUUGGCUACUUCAUCAGGAACCAGAAUACACCCUAAGUCCAUCUUAAGUCCUGGAGUAUGGCUGUUUGCCAUCCAUUUCUCCCCUUGUGAAAUUACACAGCAAACGAAUGGACUUCUCAUCAGGUCCUUCUUGUCUGCCCUCCCCAAAACUACAACCGAGUUUGAAAGCUGAGCUUUGAUAGCAUCCAGACUGCCCCAGCCAGGAAGAAUUAGAGACCAGCUUUUUCAACCUGACCAAUUUGAACAACGCCACAAUUUAAAUGGACUUCUGCAGCUUCAGAAGGCAGAUCUCUGCUUCUAGAGACCUCUCCACUGAAAGACACGGGUAGGCUGAGGACAUAACCUGCAGCUCUUCUAUCUUACAGCCACAGAAGAGGUCCCCCAUCAUAGGAGCUCCGUGCAGUGCUCUGCCCUCAGCAGACACAGGCAAUAGCUGCUCCUGGAAGAACUACGUGGCUAGACGUAUAUUUUACAUGCACAGAGCAUCCAGAUUUUCUCAUUAGCCUCACAAUAAAUGCCCAACGUUUAAACACAUCACUGAAGUUACAGAUCAUUUGGGAUGCAUUACCACGCACUUUCCCCCUGCAUUCUGUGCAUUUUACAACCAACAUCCACGCUUACUUUUCCAGGGUGGGCAUAAAACGAAUCUGUGCGUUUCAAAGAAAGACAUCCAUUAAGGUGAAUCACACGUUAAUCACUAUUACAAACCUGAUCAAAGCAUGCUGUGUAUUUUUUACCACUGGUUAUGACUGUUUACCGAUGCUACUGGUAAAAAAUGAGCUUUCAAGGCUGUAGCACACCAUAACUCGCCCUGCACAUCAUGUAAACUAAUUAACUGUAACAUUACGGGGCUGGAAAAACACUCGUGGUGCUAGGAAGUGCUAAGGAUCAUACAUUUUGCUCUUAAAUACGGAAUUUCUGACCUCAUAAUUGCCCAAUUUUCUCUUUGAGGCAUUUUAUUGCAGGAUAUUUUUUUUAUCAGUUUACAGCAACAGUAGCCAACAACAUCCAGGCAGGGCUGGGCCGCUCCGAUAGCACAACUGAUCCACUGACCUCGAGUCCCAGAGCUGCUCCACACAGGCUUUCAGAUACUAAUCAGUAGGAAAAGGCUGGCAGGAUGCUGAUCCUUAGCUGUUCUGUGCUUUCCCAGUGCCAUUGCCCCUCUUUGUGUCUUUUGAGUAAGGCCCUCUGUCCAUAGACAACUGCAAAGCAAAUAGCUGUGGAUGCAAGGUGUGGAACAGCAACAGCAUCUCCAUAGCUUGCUACAGCAAGCUCACUGUGCUCAAAGCCCCACGUGCUCAGCACACAAUGCCCUUCUGCCCAGCUCUGCCUGCACAGCACAGGGGCUGCCUGGCCCUCAGCCUGCUCUGAAGUACGACACACAGCUGCCAGCAGCACGAGGGGAUGCUCAGCAGGAGGACGAAGCAGAUGGGCCCAUGGAAGAAGUCAAUUCCCAUCUUUAUUUGGGAUCACAGACAGA